AUGUCGUUUUCCCUGGGCAUACAGAGCGCCAUGGCCCUUCUUGCACUGUACCGCUGUGGGGCUUGGUGCCUACCACGUUUCUUCAGGAAGUCCACUGAAUUUAAGGACUGGUCACUGUGUUUGCAGAAGUACUUUCAGUACAGAAAACUCAAUCCUUACACUUCUCAAAGGGAAAGAGGAUGGAUUGCACAGCAGUGCAAACAUCAACAGAUACAUCAUGGCUAUGAUAUACUGAUAACGGGAGUCGCAGUGAGAAGUCCUCCACCCCAGUCUGUUGGCGGUAAACUCUCCUACAAACACAUCAGCACAGCGCGGCAGACCCAAAGCCCUCCCUGCGCCCGCCCUUCCUGGUUCACUCACGUCUUCUUUAUCCUCCGGGAAGAUAAGGAGAAGGGGGUGGGGAGAUGGGAGAGCCAGGAGACCAGGAGAACAAGAGGUCAGGAGGGGAAUGAUCCAAAGGAACCAGAUCAGUUGAGGAAGCUGUUUAUUGGUGAACUGAGCUUCAAAACUGCAGAUGAUAGCUUAAGAGAACAUUUUGAGAAAUGGGGCACACCUGAAGACUGUGUGGUAAUGAGAGAGCGCCAAGCAAAACGUGCCAGGGGUUUUGGUUUUGUGACCUACCCUUGUGUUAAAGAGGUGGAUGCAGCAAUGUAUGCUGGGCCACACAAGGUUGAUGGAUAUGUGGUGGAACCAAAGACAGCCAUUUCUAGAGAGAAUCCUGUAAGGUAUGGUGCCCAUUUAACAGUAAAGAAAAUUUUUGUUGGUAGUAUUAAAGAAAAUACAGAAGACUAUAAUCUGAGAGACUACUUCAAAAAGUAUAGCAAGAUAGAAGUUAUGAUAGGCAGAAUAGAAAAAAAGAGAGGAUUUGCUUUUCUAACUGUUGAUCAUCAUGACACAGGCGAUAAAACUGUUUUUCAGGAAGACCACACUAUUAAUGGGCAUAAUUGUGAAGUUAGAAGGACCCUUUCUAAACAAGAGAUGCAGCCUGUUAGAUCACAGAGAGGUCGUGGAGGUGGACCUGGCAACUUUAUGGGUCGUGGAGGAAACUUUGGAGGUGGUGGAGAUAAUUUUGGUCAUGGUGGAAGAGGAGGCUCUGGUGGAGGUGGUGGUGGCAGCAGAGGUAGGUAUGGAGGUGGUGAUGGUGGAUAUAAUGGAUUUGGAGGGGACAGUGGUAACUAUGGUGGUGGUCCUGGUUACAGUAGCAAAGGAGGCUGUGGUGGUGGUGGACGGGGAUGUGGAAACCAAGAUGGUGGAUAUGAUGGUGGAAGAGGAGGAUAUGGUGGUUACAAUGGAGGAGGAAAUUUUGGUGGAGGAAACUAUGGUGGCGGUGGGAACUAUAAUAAUUUUGGAAAUUAUAGUGGACAACAGCAACCAAAUCAUGGGCCCAUGAAGAGGGGCAGUAUAGAUGGAAGAUGUUCAGGCCGUCCCUGUGGUGGUGGCUGUGGAUCAGGUGGUAGAAAUGGUGGAUAUGGCAACAGAAGGUUUUCAAAACAGCAGAAAAGGGCCACAGUUCCUGGCAGGAGAAGGAGGGGUUCUCAGGAACAUUCCUGUUGCCCUGAGACAGUCGGCCCAAAUGCACCAGAGGAACUGUAA